AUGAGAAGGAUUCAACUUAUCAUCCAGGAAAUGGAAGGAAAUUAUCCUUGUGAUCAAGAAUCGUCCUCCUUUUAUAGCUCCGAAGUAGAUCGCAACCUCCUCCGCGUAUCUCGUCCACGUGCAACUACCGAUCCCGCUAUUUCCGGAUCUGAACGAUCAAAGCGAGAUUCUCGUUUGACCCGUUCAAACUCAGCUUGCGGACUUGACUCCGUCGAGCUAGAGCUCGACUUCGUCUUCACAAGUAGCUCGGACAGUAAACAGCUGGAUUUUGGACAAGGAUAUUUGGCGGGCUCGAGGCCUGCUGCAAAUCAAUCUCCGGUUUUGGAUAUGACGCUCGAGAGAGAGCUGUAUGCGGCAGCGAUGGCGGCGGAUGAGAAGGUUAACAUGAAGCUCUCUGCUCGUUGUGAGCAGAGGUUACAUGAAGCUUCUCGGUAA